GCGAAUUGUCUUGGCGUGACGUCACCUUCCUUCCGCCGCGUUAAUGUAAAACUUCCAAAUGGAAGUCUCAAUGUUAACCGCACACGAAUUUUUUCCGUUAUGGAGUUGUUAAAUCAAGCCAUUUUUAUAACACACUUACUCUUUUUGCUAUUCGAUUUACACUGCUGAAAAUGGUAUGGUAUUUGACGGUUUUUCAUAGCAACAUAGCACUUUAUUAGAUAUUCAUAUUCCUAUGGUUUACCCGAGUAAGUUCGUAUGAUUGCUAAAGGCCUCUGCGUCGCUGGUGGUCUUAGCAAUAUUUUGAUAUGGGGUCAGCGGUUGUGAAGCCGUUGACAAGAAGACGAGGGAAGAUCAAAGCCAACGACCAAGUUGCCAGCGGCAGAGAUAGGAACAGAGAAGAGGACCCCGGCAACUGUGAGCCCCAUGUGGAUUACAAGGUAGAUUCUUUGGCCGACCCUGUUUCAAAUCUUUGCAAGCCCGUCAGUGUAAAAUCAUGUCACGUAGAUGCGGAACUAGCUCGAUCCAGUCCUGCAGCAGGUGGUAAGCUUGAGCGAUCUGGACUAGCGCCGUACGAUAGCGAUGAAGAACCACAUCCAAUCCAACUAGCCAGGAUAGAGUGCUCGAAAACACAAGAAAUUUUAGAAAAAGCGGAUAAAAAAGCGAGAAGCCUUACAGGAAAUAAGCAGAACAAUGACAUCAUCACACAAGGAAAUGCUAAGCAGGUGAGUCAUGUCCCCCACAAACCAUUAGCCGACAGAAACCAUCCUCCAGCGUCAUCAGAAAAUUUCAGGUUUAGAAGGAUUACCGCACUCUUUCAAAAGAACGGUAAUUCAUCGUGGCGGUCUUUUCGGAGAAAGCAUCAAAAGGAGAAGAGCCCUUCAGAUGAUAAAUCGAUUAAAAACCCUUCCAACCCUGAAACGUGCAUACCAGAAAUUAGCAAAGAGCCGGUUGAAGUGAACAAAGAAGAAAAAGAUGUGUGCUGCGAUGCUCGCACCCCAUCCCCUGAGUACGAUGAAUUGGAAGAUCUUGCUGUUGUUAACCCUAGCCCAAAGGCGGUUGAUCAGCCAGCGCAACUUCAUAUUCAACAAUCCAUCAGUAACCACGCUCAAGAGGCACUAAGCACUUCUGACAUUGAAAGGACUUGCGUUCUUGGAGUGUUAAUCAAUACAAACGACCAGCCCGCGCCAGAAAAAACGGGCGAGCAGCGUUCAGAGGUAGGGCAUGUGAUUUUUAUAACCCCAUCACCGUCAAGAGAACACACGUGUAAUUGUCAGACAGAUCAGGUGUUUCCCCUAAAGUUACCUUCUCUUGAAAACGUCAUCGCCAACCUCGAAUCUGUAAAAUAUCACGCCAGCCCUCAGCCAGAGGAGGUUUGCUGCAUAAAUGUGCCGGACAAUGCUAACAGCUCGAGACAAGAAUUGCCAAAUGGUCACUUUUUUAAAGAUGACACGCCAUCUGCAAACAACAGCGAGGAUAUUAGUCACGAGGACAGUGAGGACAUACAUGUGUAUGAGGACAGAAACGAAGAUUCGUUUGAGCCAUGUGACGUAGCCGAAGAUCACGACACCCAUAGACGAUAUUCUACAUUACCCAUGUCUGCUUUCACCAGUUUAUGGCCCCAAGAAAAUAUCGGCGCUAACAUGCCUACACUACCUGAGGUAGAGGAUAUUGCCGAGUCCGAAGGCAACUAUGACGCUCACAUUCCUACAUUACCUGAUGUAGAGGAGAUUGCGGAGCCCGACGGCAACUAUGACGCUCACAUUCCUACAUUACCUGAGGUAGAGGAGAUUUCCGAGCCCGACGGCAACUAUGACGCUCACAUUUCUACAUUACCUGAGGUAGAGGAGAUUUCCGAGCCCGACGGCAACUAUGACGCUCACAUUCCUACACUUCCUGAUGUAGAGGAGAUUGCCGAGCCUGAAGGAAACUAUGACGCCAACAUUCCUACACUUCCUGAUGUAGAGGAGAUUGCCGAGCCUGACGGCAACUAUGACGCUCACAUUCGUACACUACCUGAUGUAGAGGAGAUUUCCGAGCCCGACGGAAACUAUGACGAGGAUGAAGAUGAAACAAACCAUUUCACGGGAAAACCGACUGCAUUUGAAAUGCAAAGGGCAACACAACAUGCUGUGAUAGAAGUAGUAGCUCAAGAAAAUACUUACCGCAAAGAGAAUAAGUCAGAAUGUAGUUCUCGAUCAAGCUCCGCCCAUUCCAACAACAGCAGCAUACCUGAUAAGAAGCCAAGCCAGGUGUCAUUCUCUGGUCGAACAUCCAUCAGAAACUCACCGCAGGAGAAAGGUACAAGCCCGCAAGUUAUCUCACUCAGCGAGUCUACAAGUUCACUGAGAAAUAGCAAUUCUAAUCUUCAAGCAGCUACACCCAGCGAGUCUAAGAAUUCACUGAGUAUUAGCCAUUCUAACCUGCAAGCAGAAACACACAGUGAAUCUAAAACGUCCCUACAACGAUGCACUUCUAAUUUACCAGCUGUCUCACAAAGCGUAUCUAAAAAUUCGCUUCGAAGUAAUAAUUCUAAUUUGCUCCCCGUUGCCCAAAGUCAUUCGAAAAAUUCGCUUCAAAGAUGCACGUCUAAUUUACAAUUAUUAUCCCAAAGCGCUUCUAAAAAUUCUCUUAAAAAUAGUAAUUGCGAAGUGCAAAUUGUGGCAUCCAGUGAUUCUAAACAUUCACUUCAAAGAUGCGCUUCUGAGGUUCAGACUGUAGACUUAAGUGAAUCUAAAACUUCACUUCGAAACAGUGAUUCCUACUUUCAAGCAGUAGCCUCAAAAGACAGUCAUCACUCACUGGGAAGGUGUAGCUCUAAUGUGCAGGCCGGGACUCCGUUUUCCCGACCAACCUCUGGGAGAACGUGCCGGGCCAACAACCAGGUCACCCCACAGGAACCAGAAAUCGUCACGAUUCUGCAAGACAGGCCACCAUCAACUUCUCCUAGCGGCGACAGAAAUCAAGAUCUUGAAAAAAGUCUAAGUGACAGUCACCAUCAUCAGAAUACACCAACACCGUGCCCAAGCCUCACCAACGUGAGACAAAGCCCCUCACAAAAAUCUGUUUGCCUUCAAGAAGAAGACAAAGUGAUGUCUAAACAGAGCUUUCUUAGACUAGACGCAUCCUUGAAAACCGAUGCCAUUCGAGGCAGACCAGCAUCUGAAAAGUUGUACACGCCCCUGGGCAAUGCCAGUGUCUUGAAAUCGCGACCGAUCUCCGCCUCUGAACUCUACCCGUUAUCCAACUUUCUACCCCAUCAGAACGGCCCGACCAAACUACCACCCAUUAACUGCGCAGUCACAAAAGUAAAUCGGCCAACGUCAGCUAAGCAAUCAGUCUCAAAAUCAGAAGAAUUUCUUCCAAGCUCAAGACCAAGUUCUGCUAAACCGUCCGAGCCCCGACCCCAGUCAGGUUAUUCACGGGCCAGUUCAAAUCAUUCUCGUCCUGCGUCGGCUACAGGAAGUGGGCUCAAUGUCUGCACGGGACAGUGGGAAGAAGCUAGACGGGCUUUGGACACCCGAGUUGUCAAGGCGGAGUCUCAUCACGGAGAAGGAGAGCAGAUGUCUAGCAAGAAUGACGCCAGGAAAGGUAAGUCUUUAGAUAUUAUUGUGAUUUGAACAUUUUCUUUGCAGCCUUUUUGAAAAAUAUGCACCAAGACACAGACGGCAUCAGAGACAGAGAACAUCAAGAGACGGAUAUCAUCAAGAGACAGACAUCCUCAAAAAAAAACAGACAGACCGACAUCAUCAAGAGACAGACAGCAUUAAAAGACAGACAGUAUCAAGAAUCAGACAGCAUCAAGAGACAAACAGCAUCAAGGGAAAGAUAUAAUCAAUAAACAGAUAUAAAGAGACAGACAUAAUUAAGUGACAGACAAACAGCAUAAAGAGACAGACAGCAUCAAAUAUCAAGAGACAAACAUCAUCAAGGGACAUAUUGCAUCAAGUGACAGACAGCAUUACUAGACACUCAGCAUCAACCAUCAAGCGACAGACAUACAUUAUCAAGAGACAGACAUCAUCAAGAGAAAGUAAUAAAAUAAAAAAAAUACAGCAUUAAGAGACUGACAGUUAGCUUCAAGAGACAGACAGGAUCGAAUGUCAAGAGACAGACAGCAUCAAGAGACAGAGGACAUCAAGAGGCAAACUGCAUCAAGAGAAAUACAGCAUCAAGAGACAGACAGUAUCAAAAUACAAACAGAUAUCAUUAAGAGACAGACAGCAUCAAGAGACAGACAGUUUUUAGAGACAUAUAUCAUCAAGAGACCGACAGCAUCAAGAGACAGACAGACAACAUCAAUAUACAGGCAUUAAUAGACAGACAUAAAGAGACAGACAUCAUAAAGAUACAGAUAGACAGCAUCAAGAGACAGACAGCAUCAAACAUCAAGAGACACACAUUAUCAAGGGACAGGCGACAUCUGAAACAGACUGGAUCAAGAGAUAUAUAGCAUCAAGAGACAGACUGUAACAAGAGACAGACAGACAUCAUUUAGAGACAGACAUCAUCAAGAGGUAGACAGCAUCAAGAAAAAGACAGCAUCAAAAGACAAACAGCAUCAGGAGACAGAGAUAAAAUGACAGACAACAUCAAGAGACAGAUGGCAUCAAGAGACAGAUGGCAUCAAGAGACAGAUGGCAUCAAGAGACAGAUGGCAUCAAGCGGACUGCCAUGAAGUUAAACAAGAUGUUAAAUGACAACCAGAUUUCAAGUUUUCGGUUUUGAAACUCGCUUAUUUUCAGAAACUGGCUACCGAAUUCUUUAUCAUAAAAUUUUAAAAAAUAAGACAAAUAAUCAAUAUUUAAAAGGUUAUAAACGAAUACAAAACCAAUAGUAAAUAAAAUAAAUAAUAAAUGUGCAUUUUAAUGCAUGAAAUUUAUGGGGAAAAGUGUUGCCUCGUUUCAGCAAGUGUCUAUUGUUGGAUAACACACAAAUUGGCUGAUUGCAAUCUCCAAUAAUUCCCCCCCCCCCUCCCAAGUUUAGGAAAACUUCAAAGUAAUAAGAAAAAAAAGCUAUUUGAACCUACACUUUACCCAUCAAAACGACCCCCCCCCCAAAUCCCCCCACUCCCCCCCCCCGAAAAAAUAGCCUCCCGGAGCGAAAAGCCCCUCCUUCCCUCUCUCUACGGCCCGUGGAUCGUGAGGGGCUUUCCUGCAUAACUUAAGCCCUGAUUGUAACUGCCCAAAUCUGGUUUAAAACCGGAUUUCUAAACCCGAAAACCUGUUUGCUAAAAAACAACAACAUCGUUUCGAACACCCCUUCAUGAAACCUCGUGUUUUCUACUUCUAACAUAUAAAUUAGCCUUAUUAAUCAUCACCUACAUUUAUUCUCUUUGAUAGACGCAGGAGCUGAACAGCUGGAUCCAUUCACAGAUGAACGGGUAAGCUUAACGUCAACCAUCUACAACGAGACCAAACUACACAAGGCAACAGAGGCUACGUGUGAGGGCGGCGACGGCCAGUACAUGUCACCAAUAGAGCGUUGCUGCAUGCCGUCAAUGUUAACUCCCUGCAUCAGCAGGACAUCAAUAGCGGCUAGCAGAAGUGGAGAGAUCGUCAAACCAUCCGUCUUGCCGAGCAGAAGUGGAGAGCUCGCCAAAUCGUUCAUGCUGCCCAGACUGAGCUCCAGUGCCACAAAGGAGGACAUCGACAGCAACUCACCACCGGAACGACCCAACUCAAGUCGGGGUCCUGGCAGCGCUAGAGUCUCAUGGAGCGAGUCGCCCACGGGGGAGAUGGAGAGUUGGAGAGAAGCGUACAGCCACCAGGCGCUCAGUUUAAGUCAUGACCAGAUCGGCAGCAUACGUCAACAACUCUAUGAGGAAGGCUUGAAACCAGCAGAGAGAGAUGGAGGCGUGGCUUUCUUUAUCCCCAUGACAAUCGAUGGUCUGCAGCCUCAGGCGAACGGUGGCACCAUCUCUGACAGGCUCACCAGAUCCCGGAAGUAAGUUGCUAUCCUUUUUUUUUUUUUUUUUUUUAAUAAUUUACAUUCCUUCCCCCCCCCCCCCUCCCCCCCCCCCCCCCCCCCCCCCCCAUUUUUAUUCUAUGUUACUCUUUAUUAUAUUUUGUUAUCCCACCCCCUCCCCCUGCCUUUCCAUAGCAUCCAUCAGCUACGUGACGUACGCUUUGGCUGGUGUAUUGUCUUAGAACAGUAAUUCUCAAACUUUUUUUCCUGAGCGCCCUUUUGUCGUACCCUAUAAACAUUCUCAGAGUAAAUGCUUGCAGGACCUUUGAUGAUAGAUUAUUUAUUAUAAAGUUAAAUGUUCAAGUAUCGUAUUCGUAUUUUUAAACCUUUAAACAAAAAUAACAAUGCAACUUAAUUCUUCUUUUAAUUUUAUACCCAGAGCUAAGAGAUCUGAUUGGAACAACUGGGGGUUGUCGGAGUGACAGGGUGUAGUUUUGGUGUCUGGGGGUGUUAGAGUGACAGGGUGUAGUUUUGGUGUCUGGCGUUGUUAGAGUGACAGGGUGUAGUUUUGGUGUCUGGGGUUGUUAUAGUGACUGUGUGUAGUUUUGGUUAUCUGGGGCUGCUAGAGUGACUGGGUGUUGUUAGAGUUAGUGGGUGUUUUUAAAGGAGUGGGUGUUGUUAGAGUGAGUGGGUGUUGUUCGGGUGUCAUUAUAAGCCGUUUAAUUUAAUCAAGCGAUGCCUCAGUUGUUAAAAAAAAAAAAUGAAAGUUUUAGAUAUUUUACCCAUUCACCGGUCGGUUAUUCUUAAUGUGAUGGAUUUUGGGGUCAAGUAAGUAAGUAACCACAAAUGGGACUUAGCUAAGUUUUUGUGAAGAUUUGUGUCAGUCUUUUAUUUGAAAUGUCUUUGAUCAUUUCAAGUGUGCCAUCUCUUUGCUAUGGGCUAAGACGGUUGGCCUUUAAAACAACAACGUACAUCAGAUAAAGGGAUGAGAAUGCAAUAAGGAGAUUCUUAAACAUCUUCUACCUAGAAUAGGAUGUAACAUUUGAUACUGUAGGCGGAAUUCAGAGAUAUAUUCUAAAAUACUCAAAAUAUUGACACUUCUCCGUUUGUUACCGUCUUUCCUAAUAAAAUUCUCUUCUCUUGACCCACACUUUCUAAUGCUAAAACCUCCAACAUCAAUUAGUUUCGUCUGGAAAGCCACUGCAUCCAGUUGUCAGGAACCAAUCUUCCACAUCCACAUGUUCAUGCCUAUGAAAUUAAAACACCAUUAAAAGUCGGUAUGGUGAGAUCCGAGACGCAUGGUUGUGACUCUGGUAAUUUAACAAUCAACAAUGCAAUGUUAUAUCAAGGGACGCACACAAGACACCAAUGUUUUUUUCAUUGAAACCAUUGACACUUGACAAUAGUCCAUUCAUUUCUUUAGUGAAGUUAAUAGUUAAUACUGUUAAUUGUUGUCCAUACAACUUAGCAUAGUCAAUUGUUUUUUGUACGUCACUAAUAUGUGUACCUUAUGUUAGAUCAAAGGACUUUUCUCUAUUUUCCUGUGUGAAAUAAAACAUUAUUUCAUGUCCAUCCUGGACUAUAAUUUCAUAUCCAUCCUGGACUAUAAUUUCAUGUCCAUCCUGGAUUAUAAUUUCAUGUCCAUCCUGGAUUAUAAUUUCAUGUCCAUCCUGGAAUAUAAUUUCAUGUCCAUCCUGGACUAUAAUUUCAUGUCCAUCCUUGACUAUAAUUUCAUGUCCAUCCUGGACUAUAAUUUCAUGUCCAUCCCGAAUUAUAAUUUCAUGUCCAUCCCAGACUAUAAUUUCAUGUCCAUCCUGGACUAUAAUUUCAUGUCCAUCCUGGACUAUAAUUUCAUGUCCAUCCUGGACUAUAAUUUCAUGUCCAUCCCAGACUAUAAUUUCAUGUCCAUCCUGGACUAUAAUUUCAUGUCCAUCCUGGACUAUAAUUUCAUGUCCAUCCUUGACUAUAAUUUCAUGUCCAUCCUUGACUAUAAUUUCAUGUCCAUCCUGGACUAUCAUUUCAUGUCCAUCAUGGACUAUAAUUUCAUUUCCAUCCUGGACUAUAAUUUCAUUUCCAUCCUCAACUACUAUUUCAUGUCAACCCACGAAUUUAAUGACAUGUUUGUCUCCUUGGCACUUUGACAUCCUAACAAAUGACAUGUUUGUCUCCCUGGUACUUUGACAUCAUAACAUAUGACAUGUUUGUCUCCUUGGCACCUUGACAUCCUAACAUAUGACAUGUUUGUCUCCCUGGCACUUUGACAUCCUAACAUAUGACAUGUUUGUCUCCUUAGCACCUUGACAUCCUAACAUAUGACAUGUUUGUCUCCCUGGCACUUUGACAUCCUAACGCAUGACAUGCUUGUCCCCUGGCACCUUGACAUCCUAACAUAUGACAUGUUUGUCUCCCUGGCACCUUUACAUCCUAACAUAUGACAUGUUUGUCUCCCUGGCACCUUGACAUCCUAACAUAUGACAUGUUUGUCUCCCUGGCACUUUGACAUCCUAACAUAUGACAUGUUUAUCUCCCUGGCACUUUGACAUCCUAACAUAUGACAUGUUUGUCUCCCUGGCACUUUGACAUCCUAAUAUAUAAUAAUAAUAAUAAUAAUAAAGUUCAUUUCAAAAACACGCUUCAUCCCCAAAGGCUCGAAGCGCAGUACAAAGUCAACAAAAAACAAAUCUAUAAUUUACCACAUUUAAAACAAACGCAACACUACAAAAACUAAUUACAAGCACAAUCUCAAAGUCUUUCUAGCCAUUUCAAUCCGGAGCAACACAGCCAUUAUGCAUUAAUUGGAAAAUAAGGUAGACAAUCAUCCCAGAAGGUAUUCGCGAAAUAGAUGUGUCUUUAGAUCGGUUUUAAAGGACUCCAGUGUCUGGUUGUUUCUAAGAUCGACAGGAAGGGCGUUCCAAAUUGUUGGACCAGCAAAUGCGAAAGUGCGCUUUCCGUAAGUCUCAAGGUAAACAUGUUUGUCUCCCUGGCACCUUGACAUCCUAACACAUGACAUGUUUGUUUCUUCUGGCAGGUGCAGCCUGAAUUACGAAGAGCGUCUGCUCCUUGCCAACAUCAACCGACAAAACCAGCUCCAUAAACGGAAGGAGUUUGCUGUCAAGGACAUUCAGAAUGUCAAGGGGGCAACUUCCGGUUCUGAUACCAGUGACCGCAAACAAGAAGAAGAUUUUGACAUAGACUGGGACGGAGCGUUUUGAGCCUGUAUGUCGUUGAAAUGAAAUCCUGGCAACAUAACCUCAAGACAUUGUCAUUCAGUGGUGUCUUAUGAAAGAAGUAGCAUAGGUCUCCUAAUUGUGAGGAUAUGACUGUGGGAGACUUGUGUACAAUCAACUGUGUGAGAUAAGGUUCCAUCGUGCGUCAGUAACUUGUCUCAGAACUAUUUCUAGAACUUUGAUUAGAAAUUUAUCAGGAAUAGCAAUACAAUUGAAAGUGCCAUAAUAUUCUUUAGCUACAACAAAAAAGAUAGUAUUCUUUAGAAAUAACCAUAAUAUUCUAUAGAUACAACAGUAAGGAGAGUAAUAUAGAUACAUCAAUAAGGAUCGUCUGAAAUAGAUACAAUAAUAACAGUAGUAUUCUAUGGAUAAAACAAUAAAGUAUUCUAUAAAUACAACAAAAACGAUAGUAGUAUAGAGAUACAACAAUACAAAGUAAAAUAAUAGGUCGAACAAUUUUUUGAAAGAAGCAUCCAUAGAAUAUAUUUGAAACAUGUUAGAGGAGAGAUGGAGUCGUUCUUUAGUGGCUAUAACUGCGUCAUCGUUGAGUCGGCAUACAUCUGGUGAAGGUGAGCAACUAAGUUCAAAACGUAUGACGACGGGAAGGGUCAAUGUCGUCUGCUUCUACGACUAGCUAAAGUCAUGUGAUUUUGAGAACAUGCAAAAAGAUUGAAAUCGGGUCUGCUAAAGUUCCACCUGGUAGAAUCAUUGGAGGGCAGUUGGUAGUGUCAUUGAAGGACAGUCGGUAGUGUCAUGAAUAUUUGCUAAGAAUGUCCAGCGCAGUUGUCUCCAUAACAAAAUAUUUUUUAUACUCAAUUUUAUGUUUGCUAUACUCCUACACGGGUAGACAAUAAAUACUUUGAUAGUAAAAGAGAG